CGCCAGCGGCACGCCGCCAACGUCCGCGAGAGGAAGAGGAUGCUCAACAUCAACUCGGCCUUUGACCAGCUCAGAUGUCACGUACCGACCUUCCCGUACGAGAAGCGGCUCUCCAAAAUCGACACGCUCCGGUUGGCCAUCGCCUAUAUCGCACUCCUUGGCGAGAUUCUCCUCUCCGGGUGCAAUCCCAAAUCCUACGUGGAGAAGUGCCUGAAGGAUGGUUUGCGAAGUCAACACCGGGCAACCUGGAAUACAAGUGGUGAGUAA